UUGACAUUUUAGCUGUCAAAUUGACAUUUCUUAUUGGUAAUCAUGUAUCCCUCCAAAUUUUUGUUAAAAUCUAUUAAAUUAUGGAAUAUUUUAGUACGGUUUUACGCGAAAGAAACUAAACCGAUCCUCUCGAUGUUACCUCGUGAAGAUAUGAUUAUUAUCCAUGGGGGCGCAUCAAAUUUCGAGGAUAGUAUCAAAAAGGAUAAGAUUAAAGGGGUUAAAGAGGCCGCCCUUUUAGGGUAUCAAGUAUUACAAGAUUUAGGGGAUCCCAUGGAGGCGUGUGAGAAAGCAAUCAGAUAUUUAGAAUCAUCGGAAGUUUUCAAUUGCGGGCAUGGUUCUGUUUUGAAUGAAAAUGGACAUGUUGAAAUGGAUGCAAGUAUUAUGGUUGGAUCUGAUUUAACAGCGGGGGGAGUUGCUGCUGUUAAAGAUAUUCUUCAUCCAAUUUCAGUUGCAAGAAAAAUAAUGGAAAAAUCACCUCAUAUAAUCUUAGCUAGUGAAGGUGCUCACGUGUUUGCUAAAAAUCUUGGUUUAGAAUUAGCUAUGCCAGGUGGAUUAGUCACAAAAAGAGCUAGAAAACGCCAUAAAGACAACACAAUUUUUGAUCAAAAAGAAUUAGGCACCGUAGGUGCUGUUUGUUUAUCAAAAGAGGGUCGUUUAGCUGCUGGCACCUCAUCGGGGGGAUUAAACCGGAAAAAAGAGGGUCGAGUUGGGCACGCUGCAAGACCAGGAUGUGGAUGUUUCGCAGACGAUUUAAUUUGCGCGGUAAGCACAAGCGGCCACGGCGAAUCGAUAGCAACGAUGUGUUUGGCGAAUUUAAUCGCGAAAAGUAUCGAAGCCGGACUUACCCCGAUGGAGGCUUUGGUCGAUCAUUUUAGGAAGAUGAGGAAAUUUUUUCAAAAUAACGGGGGAGCUAUCGUCGUUACAAAAACUGGUGAUAUGGGGAUAUUUUUUACGACGAAAAGGAUGCCUUACGCAUUUAUUAGAGGUGGAAAAAUUGUUUAUGGCGGUGCUGAUAAAGGAGAUGAGAAAAGUGAGGAUGUAUCGUGAUUUAAAUUUUUUGUUGGAUUUUUAUGGGGUAUAAAUAAAUUAAUUUUUAUUCACAA